UUUGUUUUGGAUGGAGGCGCAAGCUUCCAUCAAGAGCAAAGUGGCGGCUAAAGAGGAACUAUCGAAGACGAAACCCUAAUAGGACUUUCGAGCCCUAGAAACCGGAGACGACGACGACGACGACGACGACAAAGAUAAACAAGAUGUUUCCUUGGAACAUUGCUAAGUCUGCAGACGCCAUGUUUUCUCGUUGGGCCAUCAAGCGCGUUUGCAAAUUCCUCUUGAAGAAGAAAUUGGGGCAAUUCAUCUUAGGAGACAUCGACCUUGAGCACCUCGACGUGCAGCUUGGUGCCGGCACUAUCCAGCUCAGCGACCUCGCUCUUAACGUUGAUUUCAUAAACCAGAAGUUGAGUGCAUCGACAGUCAUUGUAAAAGAAGGAUCAAUUGGUUCUCUGUUGGUUAAACUUCCUUGGAAGGGAGAAAGUUGUCGAAUUGAAGUGGAUGAACUUGAGCUUGUGCUUGGUCCACUUGUGGGAGACAAUGUUCUAGCUGGAGCUGAAACAAAUUUGUACAGUCAAGAUUGCAAGCAGUCUGGGAAUCAUGGCAUGGAAAGCCUUGAACAUGAAAUGGUCAACAAUGCUUCCACAUCUACUUCCCUUGAUGUACAUGAAGGAGUUAAGACCAUUGCCAAGAUGGUAAAAUGGUUGCUUACAAGCUUCAACGUAAAAAUAAGAAAACUAAUUGUUGCAUUUGAUCCCGGUUCAAGGGGAGAAAUGAAUGCAAGAUCUCAAACAACAUUAGUGCUUCGGGUUAUAGAAACAGAAUGUGGAACUGCUGUAAAUCCUGACAUAGAAGCUGAGAGCUUUCUUGGGAUGACUAGACUAACAAACUUCAUAAAGUUUAAGGGAGCAGUAGUUGAGCUUCUUCACAUGGAUGAUGUUGAUAAUCAGAUACAGCUUCAAUGUGCUUCAGGAAGCUGUCCUUCCAAUGUUACAACUCCAAUAUUGACAGGGGAAAGUGGUGGAUUCUCUGGGACCCUGAACCUGAGUAUACCUUGGAAGAAUGGAUCUUUGGAUAUUAGGAAAGUGGACGCUGAUGUUACUAUUGAACCUUUGGAGUUGAGAUUUCAGCCUAGUACCAUUAAAUGGAUAAUUUGCUUAUGGGAAUCUCUCAAGAAUUUGGGAACAGAUGGCAGGAGUCAUAUGAAUUAUAAGGCUAAAGACUCGACUUCCACUCCACCGUUUCAGGGUCAUUCUUCCACUUCCUUGGUGUCUGCUGCAGUAGCUACGGACAAGUUGAUGCCAACCAAUGAAAGUUUCCCGGGAGAUUUCUGCUAUGUAACAAGCCAAGAUACAGCAGCAGAGGCUUUGCUUCCUGGAUCAAAAGUUAUACCAGAUUGGGUGCCGUUGUCCACCAACAAAGACCAGGGAGAGAGAUCAGGAGCAGAAAUAGAUUAUGGGGCAAGCAUAGAUCAGUUUUUUGAAUGCUUUGAUGGACUGAGGAAUUCUCAGUCAGCAUUGGGCAACAGCGGUAUAUGGAAUUUGACUUGUUCUGUUUUCAGUGCAAUAACUGCUGCAUCCAGCCUUGCUUCUGGAUCAUUGAAUAUCCCUACUGAUCAGAAGCAUGUCGAGACAAACCUAAAGGCAACUGUUGCUGGGAUUUCUCUGAUACUUUCUUUCCAUGGUGAAGAGCAGAAGCAUGAAUGUGAUCACAAAAGUCUACACUAUCUAGGUGCUAAAUGUGGAGAUGUGGAUCUUUUUUUGCAGAAUUCUCCUCAAGAAAUGAAGUUCGAAGCAAUUGUGAAGCAUAUUGAGCUUGAUGAUUACUUCAAUCAAGGGAACGAGGCUGUGGGUUGUGGCUUUACUGAGAAUAGCAUUCACAAACAGAUUCUCUUCAUCCAGCAUCUUCAGGAAGAAGUUCAAGGUGCUCUCCCUCCAUUUCCUUUGGCUGCCAAUGAUCCUGUUACACAAAGAGCGGCUAGUAGCAUGAGUGGAAUUAAUUCUGGAACCAUCCUCAAGGAUGAUUUAGUCAAGGUUAAAUUGCUGAAAACUUCAAGUGUCGACCAUUUCCAUUUUACAGUGAAUUCAACUUACUCAAAUGACGGUCUGAAGGGUUCAGUGCAUUUCUCCGUGGAGCUUCCCCCAUUCAUUUUCUGGGUGAACUUUAAUUUGUUAAAUAUGAUUUUUGAUCUCUUGGAUCAAGUUGGAUUUUCUGAAACCAAUAACGCAGACAAAUGUUUUGGGACAAAGGAAUUUAGCGAGCAGCAUGACUCUUCAUGUCAUGGGGGCAUGAAAGAAGGUACUACUCCGUAUGUUACAACACUGCCUCAAAAAGGAAAUCUCCGAGGAAGUAUAUUAAUCCCCAAUGCAAGGAUUUUUUUAUGCUUCCCUUUUAAAUGUAAGGGGGAUUUUGGAUGCUACACUUCCUGGGAUCGGUUUAUUGCAAUUGACUUCUGUCCACGAGUGAGCAAGGAAAAAAUUCAAAAUGGAGGUCCGAAGGGAUAUUUUUCUGGGGCUUCUGGUUCCAUCCACUUGAAUUUUGGGAAUAUUUUUCUUUAUUUAAUCAAUUCUUGUAAAGAUGCUACUGGCAGUAACUCAUUUAUACAGAAGCAUGCCUUCUCUGCUCAGAAGGUUUUCUCUGUAACCAGCAGGAGAGGUCGUUAUCCUGGUGUUAUUAUGUCUUGGCAGGAGGGUCCUGUGACUGGUCCUUGGAUAGCGAAGAAAGCUCAGUCUUUAGCCACAGCCCAGUGUUCAAUGAGUAGAAAUAAAGUGAUGGAUUGUGGUUCUGAAUUUGCAUCUGUAACCACUUUGAAGGAUCUGGAGAAUACACAUUCUCAUACACGACAAGAGAUGAUUUUGAGCUCUGCAUUUUUCCUGCAUUUCGAUCUUACUUCUGUUUCAAUCCACCUUAACAGUUCUCAGUAUAAAGAUUUACAUUGCCUUCUAACUCAGGUUUUAGAUGGUUUAUCAUUUGUGGCCAGUGAUAACAGUGCUGCUCCGUGUGACACUCCAAGGAGAGAAGCUUCUGCUUCUCAAGUAUCGAUCCUUGCUGAAUGUGAUUCUGUUGAAAUACUAAUUGAUGUGGAUAGGGCGGAGGAUAUAAAAUCUUCAUUGCAGACGGAACUUCCAGGCUCCUGGCUUAGUUUAAAACUGAAAGUUCAAAGGUUUGAGUUGUUAUCUGUUUCAAAUAUUGGAGGAAUUAGUGGUGCCAAAUUUGUUUGGAUGGGUCACAAUGAAGGUGAACUGUGGGGUUCAAUCACAGGGGCUCCAUCUCAGGAGCUUCUGUUAAUCUCUUGUAGCAACACUACGAUUGGACGUGGUGAUGGAGAGGGUGCCAAUGUAUUAUCCUCAGGUUCUGCUGGUACUACUGUUGUGCACCUUUGGGAUCCACAUAGUUUCCAAUGUAUCACAUCUAUAACCAUCAGAAGCAGCACAAUAGUUGCACCGGGUGGUCGCUUGGAUUGGUUGAAUUCCAUAUCCUACUUUUUCAGCUUACCAUCUGAUGAGACAGAGCAAACACUCAAGGAAUCAUUUGAAGAUGACUCACCUUAUCAAACAACUUUUGCUUUUAACUUGGUAGAUGUUGCUUUGAGUUAUGAGCCCCACAUAAAAAAUUUGAUGACCAGUGAAGAGUUGGGAGAACUGUAUGUGGCAUGUCUGUUUGCUGCUGCUUCAUUGAAUAUUUCUAAUCAAACUGUGUCAAAUUCUAUGGACAAUGAUUACAAAAUUAGGGUGCAAGAUCUAGGGCUUCUUCUUUGUGCAUUAUCUGGAUCCGAGAAUGCCAAAAGCACCUAUAGUGUGGAACAUCUUCGCAAGAUGGGUUAUGUUAAAGUGGCUGGGGAGGCUCUUGUUGAAGCAACGUUGAGAACAAACUGUAAGAAUGGCCUCCUAUGGGAAGUAGAAUGUUCUGAAUCUCAUAUUAGCCUGGAGACCUGCCAUGACACAACAUCGGGUCUUCUUCGUUUGGUUGCUCAACUGCAGCAGCUUUUUGCACCUGAUGUGGAGGAAUCAGUUGUGCAUUUGCAGACUAGGUGGAAUAAUGUUCAGCUGGCACAUGAUAGGGAUGAGAUAAUUUCUGAGACAAUAAUCUCCAAUGGUGGUUCUGCCUCAUCACCACCUCAAAAUUAUGCUUCAAGUCUAGACUCAAACCGUGGUUCUUCUGUGGUGGGUCUGAUGGAUGAGAUAUGUGAGGAUGCAUUUAAUCUUAACAAGAUCAGGACAAGCACAUGUAAUACCUGUGGGUCACAAUUCUGUAUUUCUCUUGAUGGAGCUCUGCUUGGAGAUGGUUGUAAUUUAGAUAUCUGUCAUGCUCGAGAUUUAUCACAUAGUUUGUCCUUCAAUGAAUCAAUGUCUGGACUAGGAGUGGAAAGCACUCAUGCAUCAUCCUUACAGGGAGAAUGUUUUCCAGAAUUUAGAGAAGGCUAUUACUUAUCUGACUUAUGCCCUCUUUCGGAUUUAUCUACAAGCAACCAGUCAUUGCCUCAGAAUCUUGAACGCAAAUCAAGCAAUGCGGGACAAGAUAGUGGAAAUGGAAAUAGUGGAUGGUAUCAGGAUACCUCACUGAUAAUUUUAGAAAACCACAUUUCAGAUGCAAGUGACCAUCCUGAAGAAUAUAAAUUCGUAGGAGGUGAGCUUCCAUCUACGAGUUCUGAUGGACUCUGCAAGGCAAGGGGAAGAGUGCUUCUCAAGAAAAUUGAUGUGAGGUGGCGAAUGUAUGCCGGGACCGACUGGCAUGACUCAGGGAGGAGCGUUCAGCUUACCACGAAUACCACAAAUACAAGUGGAAGAGAUGCUACUGUUUGUUUAGAGAUUGAAUUAUGUAAGAUGGAUCUUCGGUAUGACAUGUUUCCUGAUGGUGAAAUAUCCAUGUCAAAACUUUCUCUUUCAGUUCAGGAUUUCCAUAUUUUUGAUAGCAGCAAGAAUGCGCCCUGGAAGUUGGUGUUAGGAGAUUAUCAUUCAAAGGAUCGUCCUAGAGAGUCAUCUGCCAAAGCAUUCAGGUUGGAUUUGGAAGCUGUCAGGCCAGAUCCUUUUACUCCUCUUGAGGAGUACCGGUUAAGCAUCGCAUUACUUCCUAUGCUAGUGCAUCUUCAUCAAGACCAACUUGAUUUUCUAAUCAACUUCUUUGGGGGUAAGGUAUCAUCAGUGGACCAGUCUCCGAAUAUGGCUCAGGAUUUUGAUGGGUCAAGAAUAUCUCCAGAGAAAACUAGUCGCUUUGGAGGCCGUGCUAUUGCAGAGGAGGCAUUGCUUCCUUAUUUCCAGAAAUUUGACAUAUUGCCAGUUCUUGUUCGGGUAGACUAUAGUCCCUGCCGAGUUGAUCUAGCAGCAUUACGAAGUGGGAGAUAUGUAGAACUUGUUAACCUGGUUCCCUGGAAGGGGAUUGAGCUACAUCUAAAGCAUGUCCAUGCUGUUGGUGUAUAUGGCUGGAACAGAGUCUGUGAAACCAUAGUGGGGGAAUGGUUGGAAGAUAUUUCUCAAAACCAGAUUCAUAAAUUUUUGAAAGGCAUUCCUACGGUACGGUCAUUGCUUGCUGUUGGUUCUGGUGCCACUAAGCUGGUUUCUUUGCCAGUCAAGAACUACAAGAAGGAUCACAGAUUACUCAAGGGAAUGCAAAGAGGUGCAAUUGCAUUUCUUAGAAGUAUUUCACUUGAAGCUGUUGGACUAGGAGUACAUUUGGCUGCUGGAGCACAUGACAUCCUACUCCAGACGGAAUAUAUUCUCACAAGUAUUCCCCCUUCUGCACCUUUGUCUAUGAGAAGCAGACUUAAGUCAAAUAUAAGAUCUAAUCAGCCCAAAGAUGCCCAACAAGGAAUCCAACAGGCUUAUGAGAGUCUCAGUGAUGGCCUGGAGAAAACAGCUUCAGCUCUUGUUGGAACUCCCCUGAAGACAUAUCAACGUGGUGCUGGUGCUGGAUCAGCAUUGGCCAGUGCUGUCUGUGCAGCUCCUGGAGCUGCAAUAGCUCCUGCUACUGCUGCUGCUGGUGCAGUUCAUUAUGCCCUUCUUGGAGUGAGAAAUAGCCUUGAUCCUGAACAUAAAAAAGAAUCAAUUGAGAAAUACUUGGGUCCCACGCAACCUCGAGAACACAGCUAAUGGUGCAGUGGCUGCUUGAAGGAGUUUUUUUAAUGCAACACACAGGAUUAAGAGCAGUUAGAACUUAUCAAAGAAUACUUGGUGGUUGCUGGUGCCAACACCCUGUAACAUGUGUACAUUUACAUUGAACAGAUUCUUUACAGUCCGGAAUAAGAUAGUAAGUUGUACAAAAUGUAAAUAGUAACUGUUAAUUAGUUUGAUCACAUGCAGCCGAGUCUUGUAAUUAUGAUGAUUCAACUGGCUUGUAUGUAGUAUGCCACUAGUCAUAUUCUUUGAAAGCCUCAAUUAUAAUGUUUGCAUCUCCUGUUGUAAUAAAAUCAUCUAAGCGUCAUGCACGACCUGAUGAUACUUCGUUUUGUUGGU